CGGUAUUGAAAUUGGAGGGUUAGUGAAAGUUAAACCGAGGAGCCUCUUUAACAGGCGCUCUACUAUCUUUGGGGACUUUCGUGGAAAAGCGACUUUACAAGCGUCAUCUAUUGUCAGAUCGUGCAUUUUCAAACUAGGAUCGACAGAAUUUCAGGACGAUUUUGGAGAGGGGAAAACUUAUCAAGGCAAGUUAAAACAAGGGAAUCACUGCGAUAAAAAAAAAUAGAAUUGUGUUCUAAGAAAGUUAUAGUAUCAUCUUACUUCAGGAGAUACAACCCACUGCCAGCUGUCCUCUAAGCUGCCCCAUCAUGCAAACCUCCUGGUCGCUACCCUGCUGCCUAGCCGCCCUACUUGGCCUGCUAGCUCCCUGCCUCGGCCAGUAUGAGCACCUUGGCUACCCGCUUGGCUACCCAGACCCGGAGCAGGAGCUGUACUCUGCCCCAGAGCUGCCCCCUGACACACCCAGGAUCCAGCUCCGUCUGGCAGGGGACAAACGCAAGCACAACGAGGGACGCGUGGAGGUGUUUUACGAUGGCGAGUGGGGCACAGUCUGUGAUGACGACUUCUCCAUCCACGCUGCCCAGGUGGUGUGUCGAGAGAUGGGUUACUUGGAAGCCAUUUCCUGGUCCCCAUCCUCCAAAUAUGGAAAAGGAGAGGGGCGCAUUUGGUUUGACAAUGUCCACUGCUCUGGGAAAGAGAAGACCCUGGCACUCUGUUCAUCCAAUGGGAUAGGAGUAUCCGACUGCAAGCACACAGAGGAUGUGGGCGUGGUCUGCAGUGACAAAAGGAUUCCGGGAUUUAAGUUCAUCAACACCUUGACUAACAAUGUGGAGAGUCUGAACAUCCAGGUGGAGGACGUGCGUAUCCGCGCCAUUCUGUCCUCCUACCGGAAGCGCGUGCCGGUGACGGAGGGCUACGUGGAGGUGAAGGACGGGGGGAAAUGGAAGCAGAUCUGCGAUGCCGACUGGACCCAGCUCAACAGCAGAGUCAUCUGUGGCAUGUUUGGAUUCCCUGGGGAGAAGAAGUACAAUGCCAGAGUCUACAAGAUGUUCGCUCGCAGGAGGAAGCCCAACUACUGGGACUUCUCGGUGAACUGCACGGGGAACGAGGCCCACCUGUCUAGUUGCAAGCUGGGCCACGCUCAGCUGAAGAAGCCCAACGGCACGUGUGGAGGAAGCAUGCCUGUGGUGGUGAGCUGUGUCCCGGGCAGAGCCUUCGCCCCAACCCCCAUGACAGGCUUCAGGAAGGCUUUCAGACAGGAGCAACCUUUGGUGCGUCUCCGUGGCGGGGCCAUUGUGGGGGAGGGCCGGGUGGAGGUGCUGAAGAACGGCGAGUGGGGCACAAUCUGUGACGACAACUGGAGCCUGCUCUCUGCCACGGUGGUGUGUAGGGAGCUGGGCUUUGGGACUGCCAAGGAGGCCCUGUCUGGUGGCCGGCUGGGGCAAGGGAUGGGCCCGGUUCAUAUGAACGAGGUGUUGUGCUCGGGCUUUGAGAAGUCCAUCACUGAGUGUUUCUUCAACAAGGAGUCUCUGGGCUGCAGUCAUGAAGAGGACGCAGCAGUCAGGUGUAAUGUCCCCGCCAUGGGCUUCCAGGAGAGGCUGCGUCUGGGCGGUGGGAGGAACCCGUUCGAGGGGCGUGUGGAGGUGCUGGUGGAGAGGAACGGCUCCCUGGUGUGGGGCACGGUCUGCAGCGAGGGCUGGGGCACCAUGGAGGCCAUGGUGGUGUGUCGCCAGUUGGGCCUGGGCUUCGCCAGUAACGCCUUCCAGGAGACUUGGUACUGGUCAGGGGAGGUGAGCGCUGAUGCUGUGGUGAUGACGGGGGUGCGCUGCUCUGGUACGGAGAUGUCCCUGUCCCACUGUCUGCACCACGGAGCACACCUGACCUGCCCCAGAGGAGGGGGCCGCAACGCUGCCGGGGUCUCCUGCUCUGAGACUGCCCCAGACUUGGUGCUGAACCCCCAGGUGGUGGAGCAGACUACCUACAUGGAGGACCGGCCCAUGUUCAUGCUGCAGUGUGCCUACGAGGAGAACUGCCUGGCCGGCACCUCCACCGAGGUGCCAGCCAACUCCUACCGCCGACUCCUCCGCUUCUCCUCGCAGAUCCACAACAACGGCCAGUCCGACUUCAGACCCAAGGCUGGCCGCCACUCUUGGGUGUGGCACGAUUGCCACAGACAUUACCACAGCAUGGAGGUGUUUACUCACUAUGAUCUGCUCAGUCUCAACGGCACAAAAGUGGCAGAGGGGCACAAAGCCAGUUUCUGUCUGGAGGACUCGGAGUGCGACGAGGGUAUCGAGAAGCGAUAUGAGUGUGCCAACUUCGGAGAGCAAGGGAUCACGGUGGGAUGCUGGGAUACCUACAGACAUGACAUCGACUGCCAGUGGGUCGACAUCACAGACAUCAAGCCUGGGGACUACAUCUUCCAGGUGGUUAUCAACCCCAACUAUGAGGUGGCGGAGUCGGACUACACCAACAACGUCAUGAAAUGCAGAUGUCGAUACGACGGCCAUCGUGUAUGGAUGUACAGUUGCCACAACGGUGGAUCAUUAAGCACAGAGACGGAGGACACGUUCCCCGGCCUCCUAAACAACCAGGUGGUCCACCGGUAAAUGACCUUGAAGACCACCGAGAUCAGAUGAACCGCCAGCCAUCAGCAGCACCUCUGAGAGAUCCAAGCCAAACGCACCCCCAACCACUAAGACACCCCUCAGUGUCUGCCCCUGCAAGCAAGCCUGGGUGAACCCUUUCAUCUUCCACCAAGACUGCAGCAGCGCCUAUUGAAAAUGUCCAGAGGAGAAGCAGUUCUCACCUCUCCCAGCCAUCACCUCUGUCACUCGAGUCUCCCACGUGCGGUCGACUCCAGUACUAAAACAGCUUCGUAGCUUCAGAUCUCAAGGUGAGAUCAAGAGAGAGGUCAAACUUGUUCUCUCUCUUUCUUUCCCUCCCCCGCUACUUGGAGACCGUUUGUGCAUUAGUGAUGAAAUGUCUCUUGUGGUUCCCCACUGUCUUUAAGGAUACAUUCAGUGUAUCCUUAAAGUACAGUCAUCAAAGGGAAUCCUGGUGCACUAUUCAGAACCACAUUUCUAAGAUCAUUGUACUGAGUUUUGAUAACUUUGCAGAAUUGUUAGGACAGAUACAUAUUUGGGAACUCUUAUUAUAAUGACCCUAUUAAUAGCUUAUUCAAGAUGCUUAAGGAUGCAGCAACUAAUAGCUGAUUAAUGCAAUUAUAGUUCUGAAGUGCUCUCAAAUACAUUUUUUGUGUAUGAUUAUUUCCUCUUUUUUUUCUUUUAACCAUAGAAAAUCACAACAUUCUAGUGACAACGUACUGGUGAGGGAAACAAAUGUGGGGAUCACACCAUCAUUAAUUAUUCUUUUUAGAUUUUAAGUCCGACUCUUCAUUGUGGUUGACACAUUUUCCUUAAGUUAUUUUAUGGUGUUUUCUCCUGUGCUGGUAUCUGUGACCAAAUUAGACCGACGUGCCUGAAUAGUUCACUUUCAUGUUCAUUCAAGACUGUGACUGACACUAAGAACUCUGAAGAAGAGUUAGGGUUACUUCUCCACGCAGUGCACUCCUCACCACAACGAGUAAGGUAAAGGUAGAAAUUCUUUUAAAGUUGCCUCACUGCCUUAUUGUGAAAGAAAUAAAGCUAUUCUUUUUUCCUCUGGACUACUUUCAUUCCCAAAUCAUUUCUUAUUUUCCAGCAAACAUCUUAUUAGUAACUUAUUGUUGUGAAAGUCAGGGAUUUUGAUAGAACUUUGUUCUCUUUAGUUUUUACUUUCAUGUGUGUGAGUUUAUUUCAUUGUUUUUUUUAAUUGGUGCUACAUAACUGCCCCCUCUGUUUUAUGAGGGCCCGGUUACAUUUUGACAGCUGAACGGCAAAUGUUACAUAUUCUAGCAGUAUACUUGAAUGGAGUGUAAAACAAAAGAUGUGCUUCUUGUUAACUAUAAUAAAGGUCUGAGUUAUGAAGCAAACCA